CAAGUAUUGCUGAUAAGAUAAUCUUUCGGAGCCUCUGCUAGAUCGCAAAUCAUAGCACAAGAACAAAGGAAUUGAUCUUCAUUUUGCAGUUUUCUUUUUGUUGGGGCAGAAAUGAAGAGCCAAAACAAUCAAUACCCAGUACAAUCAUCAGUUUCAAAGCUUUUCAAUGUUCACAACCACCGGGUUCGUCUUCUUCCCCACUUGCUCCUUCUGGGCUGUGGAAUAACCCUAGGGAUUAUCAUCAGCUUCUACCUUCAGAACUGCAACUUCAGUGUGGAGUUCACUCGGUUCUCAAUCUCUUCAUCCUCAUCACCAAGGAUAUUAGCUCCCGUGCCAAUAUCUCAGAGACCACAACCAGAAAUGCCUAAUGUUCCUGCCUCUAAGUCUAACAGUAGUUCCUUGAAGGAGUAUCUUAAGCCUCCUGUGGCCAUGCACGACAUGAACGAUAAGGAGCUUCUAUGGAGGGCUUCGAUGUCUCCUAGGAUCGCGGAUUACCCUUUCCAACGUGUUCCUAAAGUCGCCUUCUUGUUCUUAACAAAAGGUCCUGUGCAUUUGGCUCCUCUGUGGGAGAUGUUCUUCAAAGGACAUGAAGGCUAUUACUCAAUCUAUGUCCAUUCAAACCCGUCUUACAAUGGAUCCGACCCCGAGAGCCCGGUGUUCCAUGGCCGCAGAAUUCCUAGCAAGAAAGUUCAAUGGGGCAACGUCAACAUGAUCGAAGCUGAACGGCGGCUGCUGGCGAACGCCCUCCUCGACAUCUCCAACCAGCGAUUCGUCCUCUUGUCGGAAUCCUGCAUUCCUCUGUUCAACUUCUCCACUGUCUACUCCUACCUCAUCAACUCCAAGCAGAAUUAUGUCAUGGCCUACGACGACCCUAGCUGGGUGGGUCGUGGCCGUUACCGUCCCAGGAUGCUCCCACGUGUGUCCCUCCGACAAUGGAGAAAAGGGUCACAAUGGUUCGAAAUGGACAGAAACCUGGCACUGGAGGUUGUGUCGGACAGAGUGUACUUCCCUCUGUUUCAGAAGUAUUGUAAUGGUGAUUGUUACGCGGAUGAGCAUUACUUGCCUACGUUCGUGAGCAUCAAUUUCUACGAGGGGAAUUCGAAUAGGUCGUUGACUUGGGUUGACUGGUCCAAGGGUGGGCCCCAUCCGACCCGGUUCUCGAGGGACGAGGUGACUCCUGGGUUGUUGGAGAGGUUGAGGAACAAGAAGUGCAAGUAUAAUGGGGGUCAUGAAACCAACGCGUGCUUCUUGUUUGCUAGAAAGUUCUCGCCUUCUAGUUUGCCCAAGCUUCUCACUAUUGCUCCUAGGGUUAUGCAUUUCUCAAAUACUCAUGGUCAACAUCCGAAUGCUUUCCAUUGGAGCAAUAAUUUAAGAAAACUAAAGUGACCUGGGAGCGCUUCUUUGAAAGAAAUCAUUUGAUUUAUUCUUUCCGUCAUUCUUUUUCUUUUUCUUUCU